AUCUGUGUGUGUGAGAUAUCCAAAUCCAACUUGUGUACCUGUGCUAAUAAUGGCUUGUUCCCAUUUCCAGCUUACUUCACUUGGUUUCACUAGGACUGCUCUCUCUUCUCUUCCAAGGUUUUCACCAAGUCAUGAACGGUGCAAUAAGAACAAUAUUAAUGUUCAAAAGUGUUCACAAAUGAUCAGCAACAUCAAAGCUACACACUUGGACUAUUCAUCAUCAUCAUCAUCAUCAUCAGUCACUCAGCGUAGGUCUGCAAAUUUCCAGCCAACCAUAUGGACUAAUGAUUAUCUUCAAUCUUUGAAGGACGAUGAUUUCAUGGAGGAGAAAUUUACAUCAAGGAUUGAAAAGUUGAAAGAUGCUACAAAGCAUUUGCUUCAUGAAAACAAAGAGACCAUCCAUCAAUUAAAGCUUAUUGAUACUCUACAGCAGCUUGGAGUUGCAUAUCACUUUGAGCAAGAGAUCAAGGAUGCCAUUGGUAGCAUAUAUAGUUUGAUGAACGUAAAUAUUAAUAUCCUAAAGGAUGAUUUAUUUGCCAUCUCAUUGCUCUUUAGGCUUCUAAGGGAGUAUAGUUUCAAGGUUUCACAAGGAGUUUUUGAUGGUUUACUAGAUGAAAGUGGUAAUUUCAAAUUGAGCCUUUGCAAUGACAUAAAAGGAAUGCUUAGCUUGUACGAGGCUUCUUAUCUUGUCAUAGAAGGAGAGGAUACGAUAGAGAAAGCUAGGGUUUUCACAACCAAACACCUUAAGUUUAUCAUGAAGGAACAAGACAUAGAUCCAAUACUCAAGGAACAUGUAGAACAUGCUUUAGAGUUGCCAAUGCGUUGGAGGAUGCCAAGGUUGCACACUCAUUGGUUCAUCAAAAUGAGUGAGAAGGAAGACAACAUGGACCAUAAUUUAUUAGAGUUUGCAAAAUUAGAUUUCAACAUGGUCCAAACUAUACACAAAAGAGAACUCAAGCAAUGUUCAAGGUGGUGGGCUACUCUCAAUCUUCUUGAUGAUUGCUACUCUAAAUGUCGAUUUACUGACAUCCAUGGAUCUCUUGAUGAACUGAGACUUUUCACUUCUGCUGUUGAUAGGGUGAUCAUUUUCCCAUUUGGGCAAAUAUAUGUAUCAAAUAAUGUGUACAACAUAUACUCACUGACCAUUGUUAUGUGUUUUGAUAAACCUUUUCAGGAUGGACAAAACAAACAUCAGCAAGUUCUUAACGAAGCCUCUCAGAAAAUCAAGUGUUCUCUCAACUUCCUCAGUGCUAGAGAUUCCUCCUCUGCCGGCACUCUUGACCCUGGUUCUGUUCAGGAGUAG